AUGCGCUUUCUCCGCCCCGGCCCAGACUACAACCACGCGCCUGCUCCAUUGCUCGCCUCCUAUAAGCCCAGCACUCACUUGUACCCCGCGCCCGACUCCCUUCAACCACGCCCUAAUCAUUCGACUGCUUUUUCGCGUUUCACCAUCGACACCAUGGCCCUCUUGCUAACUCUCCCGCCUACCAAACACGCCUGUGCAGCGUGGAAUACGACACUCGAACCCUGCGUUUGCUGA